AGAUCCUGCGUCGCGGUUAUCUGUCCACAGCCCUCGUACUCGAUGUUCUCCGCGCUAUCCCGCUGGAGGCCAUCACCUUCCUCAGCAUCUACGAUCUCAACCUUCAUUCCGAUCAGUGGAAGGAACUAUGACCCACGGUGCCCACUUUACGCGUUCUUCGCGGCAGGAGGCGUGUACCUCACCAUGCGGCCUCUCAUUCUCUCCAUCACCCCCACCGUGCCGCUUGACGCUUCCCCGGCUUCAUCGGAACUUGAGCUUGAAAGCCAUUUGCUGCUCCCCAACCUUGAAGAGCUGCAAAUCCACCACACUCGCGACUUUCGCCCGUCCGAGAACGAAGUCUCCCGGUAUACGCAGCUACGCGAGUGCCUCAGGCAACGAGACGCCGCUGGCACGCGCUUGCGUCUGCUGAAGGUCGAGGAAGGGACGUCUAACUUCCACAUGAACACGGAGCAAAACGUUGAGGAGAUGGGGCGAGAUCGCUCAGUGGAUGAGGUUGUUUGGAUUUGGCCAUAUAAGAAGGAGCCCGUGUCCGCGUAGAGCUUCGUAGCUUCGUCGAAGGCCAAAUUUGGCGGUGGGAAGCGAACAUUUAACACUUAUAAGAGCAUGGUAUGUGGAGCUCGGACUUCGAGCAGUAAUUGUGUAGUGUAGCGGAUGGGAUAUGUAAAUGCCUGAAACCAUCAUCGAC